AUGAUCCGCAAAGUUCUCAUUGUCGGAGCCGGCGGGAACCUUGGGCCGUCGAUUGUCCAGGCUUUUCUCUCCACGCCAUCCUUUGAAGUGAGUGUGCUCACAAGGGAUGCGAGGUCAAAGUCAUUUGCCCGCGCCGUCAAGGUGUUUGAGACAGACUAUUCGGAGGAAUCUCUUCUGGAAGCCAUGUCUGGCCAAGACGCCGUUGUGUCCGCGGUCGGCUUCCGGGCGGUAGGCCAACAGAAGAAACUCGUCGACGUCGCCAUCAAGGCGGGCGUCCAGAGGUUCAUACCCAGCGAGUUUGGCGGAGACAGCGCAAAUCCGAGGUCCACCGAGCUUCGGCCUCCGGUCUUUCAGAUCAAGCUCGACAUUCUGGACUAUCUCAAGGAGCGAGAGAAGACGGGGCUGACUUGGUCGGUCUUGGUGACUGGCCCCUUCUUCGACUGGGGGUUGAGUUCUGGAUUUCUCGGGUUUGACUUGAAGAAAAGGGAGGCCCUGAUAUGGGACGACGGCGCCUGCAGAUUUUCCACGACAACCUUAUCGACUGUCGGCCAGGCGGUCGUGAAGACCUUGCAGCAUCCCGAUGAGACCGCGAACAGAUUCGUCUACGUGGCAUCAUUCACCCUGAGCCUCAACGACAUCUUGGAGUCGCUGGAGAAAUCGAGCGCCUCGCGCUGGACGGUCGUCAGGACUUCAGGCGAGGACGAGAUCAAGGCUGGACAGCAAAGUCUCCGGGACGGGGACCUCGCCAGUGCCAUCCCGCGGCUUGUGCGAGCUGGGUGGUACACCAGAGGUAGAGGGGGAAAUUAUGGGGAUGAACGAGAGCUAGACAACGCUCUGCUCGCUCUUCCGCAAGAAAAUCUAGAUACUGUUGUUUCUGAGGUGUUGAGGCCGUCUGCGUGA